AUGUUAGAAUCAUAAGAUACUUAGAAUGCAGUUCCUAAUGGUGAUUUAUACGUGAGAUUACCUCCUAACAUUAGUAAAGUGUAAUAAUAUAGAAGUAUUGUGGAGUAAGCUUAGCAGCAGCAGUUACUUAAGGAAAAUUAAGAAGUGUCGAACUUUACUAGAUUACCUAAGAUUAUAUAGAGAAACGUAUAGGAGUUUAAAACUGAUAUUAAGAAUGACAUACCCACAAAGAGUCUUAGAAAUAAAGAUCAUUAAAGUAGAAAUUAUGAAACAGAUCAAAUUCAAAGCUAGAGAGGAUAUUCGAGAGAGGAUUUAAAAACAGCUAGAAGCAAUCUCAGAAUACUUAAAAGAAGAAUGUCUACUAAAAGCCUAAAUCAAAGUAUGUAUGCUGGAGGAAAAGUUGCUAAUGAAAAAAAUUAGAGAGAUUAAGGAAAUAGUAAUAAGAAACUUAAUAAGACAUUUUAAAAUUAGAAAUCUUAAUCCAGAAAUAGCAUGAUGAGUUAAAAUGAAUUUUAGGAUAAUGAUUAUUAAGAAAGUAGUAGUUAGACUAAAAAGAUAGUAUCCAGCAACAAAUAGAAAACUGCUUAACCUAUCAAAAAACCUUAAUAAUAGCAGAAUCAUUAGCUCUCACAGGACAGUCAGUACCUCGAGAGUGAUGAGGAUCAAAAUUCAACGAUAGACUUUGAAGAAUUUAAAAGACAAGAAUUAUUGAAGUUGCAAUAUAUCAGGCAAAGAGAUAAGAAAGUCCUUAAAAAGCAUGGAGUUGUAAGGAAGCCUUAACUAACAGCAUACAGAGUACCCUAGGAAGAAAAGACUAGAAAUCUGAAGGAAUCUGUGAAAUUGAGUCUGUCUGCAACUAACAAUAAAAGUCCAUAAAAUACUUCUUAAAAUCUAGAUUCAAUCAACAAUAUGAUUCUUAAUGGCGGGAUUAAAUUACCUAGACUAGGAGCCUAACUGAUAGAGAAAAUAGAUUCUAGAUAAUCUCUUAAUUAAUCUUUGAAUUAAAACCUGAGCACUUAGUAAACAUCUUAUAGGAGAGUUAACGUUUCAUCUGCUAACUAUAAUAAUGGACUCCAAGUCACUUAAUAUUCUAAAAUAAUUAAAGAUAGACCAUUCAAGAUACAAAGAAUAAUUCAAGACAAGAACCUUCUUCAACUGCAUAAGUAGAGGAUUAAUCAAUCAAGUAGCAGAGAUAUCAUAGAUGAGUAAAAGCAUCAAGAUUAUAAUGAUUCUUAAUAAUAGAGUCCUCAAAAGUAAUAGAUCAGCAAAGAAGUAACGAAUGGAUAAAGAAGAGUACUAAAUCAGUCAAGGUUAAAAGCCUUGACUGAGGAAUCAAAUUAAGGGUUCUCUCAGUAUGAUUUGAAAUCUAUUAUUGGUCCAUCUAGAACAGAGAAUUACUCUAAACUUGAUAGCCCUGAAAAGUCUAAUUAAAAAAAUGGCAAGCAAUACUCUUAGUAUGAUUUAGAUAAGAUUCAAGAAGAUGAAUAUGCAGGUGAUUCAAAUCAAAUUGGUGAUAGAAUUGAGUGCCCCAGUUGUCAAAGAAAGUUUAUUUAAGAGGCCUAUGAGAAACAUAUAAAAGUGUGUUAAAAGGUGUUUAUGAAAAAGAGGAAGGUAUUCAAUGCUCGCAAGUAAAGAUAAAAUCAAGAUGAUUCUCCCCAUGAUAAAUAUAAGCAACCCUCAAGUCAUCAAUCUCAGAAUAUAGAUCAUAAUCAAAGGCAAUUACCAUUAACUUUUGAAAAUAAGAAACUCUAAAAUAAAGCUAAGCAAGGAGUGUCAAAUAAAAGAUAAUAAUAGAACUAUGAUGAGUCACAAGAUGGGCAUCAAGAUAUUACUUAAAGGGCUGGAAAUGUACAAAGUAAAAAGAGUGGGAAGUGGAAAUACCAGAGUGAAACAUUUAGGAGAAAUCUCAAAGCAGCCAGAGGAGUAGAUGUAAAUAAUGAAUUCGAUAAGUCUACCAACUUCCGAGGUGUUCAUAACUAAUACUCAGAAGAAGCUGAUGAUAGAAUCCUAUGCUAAUACUGCAGUAGAAAAUUCAAUUAAAAUGCUGCAGAUAGACACAUUCCAGUCUGUCAGUAGAAAUACAAGUAAGAUUUAAUCAAGAAUAGAGACAAUAAUGCUAAGAGUAGAAGCAAAAGUAGAGGUAAUGCCUACGGCGCCUAAGUAAGGCAAUCCAACCUCAAAUCUAAUAAUAGCAACUAUAGAAGUAACUAGAGUAAUCAAAGAUCAAGGUCAAAUUUAAGAAGUUAAAAAUAUUGA